AGAGACUUGUCUGCGCUUCACCUGAUUCUGCUCAAGUUCUUCUGCUCGUGUUAUUAAAUGACACCAGAAAACUAGGCAGUUUGUUAGAAGAUCUAAAACCCCGGAGGACUGGAGACCUGGAAAUGAAGAGAGAUUUUACGCUUUUCUGUCGGAUUUGGAUUGGGAUUCCCUUGUUCUCAGGUCUGGUGACUGGGUUUUCUAUGAGUCCACCCGCCCUUGACGACACCAGAGACCAGAUCGUGCUUGACGCAAACGACACCUUGACCAUUACAUGCAGGGGACAGCGGAUUCUGGACUGGAGCUGGCCUGAAGAGUCUUUGAGUAAAGUGGACUUUACAGAUCGCCAGGAGCAGCAGCCGCCCGCUGACACCCCGGGUGACAGAGCAGUGAGGGUGAAGGAGUGCCAGGGAGAGGCUGGGAAACCCUACUGCAAAACAUUAAUACUGCCCAACAGCGAGGCCGAUGACUCAGGGUACUACCGCUGUUUCUACCAGGACAUCAGAGCUGUCAUCGAUGGCACCACGGCUGCCAGCAUAUACGUCUUUGUGCGAGACCCAAACCAUCCUUUCAUCAGGACAAAUGAGAACAGCAUGGAGACCAUCUUCAUAACAGACUCUCAAACACACAUUGAAGUGCCAUGUCUGGUGUCAGAUCCAGAGCUGAAAGUGUCUCUCUUCUCGCAGUUGGAAUCGUCUCCAGUGCUGCUGGAAGGCGACGACAUCACCUGGAAUAACAAAAGAGGCUGGUCUGUUCCCAGACACAUCCUUAAGAACACUUCCAUCUUCAUUGGCUUCUUCUGCUCCAUCUCCGUCCAGAACAAAGACUACAGAUCAUCUAUGUACCUUGUGCAGGCCACAGGGUUUAAGUUUUACGAGCUCAAGCUGUUUCCUGAGGACUCACCCGUGGAGCUCAUGCAGGGGGAGGUUCUGGUGCUCAACUGCACGGCUCUGGUCGAGUUCAACGCCGCUGUGGAAUUCAAGUGGGACUAUCCGGGCCAAAAGGAAAAAAGGCUGGCGAGUUUUCAACCCGUGCGCAACGUCCUGGAAAAAAACACCAUGGUGUCCAGCAUCCUCACCAUCCGUAACGUUCACGUGGGUGAUACCGGUUACUACACCUGCUCUGCCGGGAGUGUGGAGAUAACACGAGAUCUCACUACUGUAGUCAUAGUUCACGAAAAGCCGUUCAUCAGUUUGGACUACAGGAAUGGAUCUGUUAUAGAGGCUAAAGAUGGCCAAAUAUCUGUCCGGCUCUCAGUGAAAUUGUCAGCGUACCCUUUACCGGAAACUCAGUGGUAUAAGAAUGGGAAAUUCAUCAGCAGACGGCCGGAGUUCAGCAGAUUUAAGGUCCUGCAUCAGGCUCUGGAGAUCAGAGAUAUGUGUAAGCAGGACGCUGGUGAAUACACAGUGAUAGUGAAAAACACAGCAGCUUCCCUGGAGAAAAGACUCAACUUUACCCUCAUAGUUAAUGUUCCUCCCCAGAUCCACGAGAAGGAGGCAGCAGCGCCUACCAACCCCUACAGGAAGAGCAGUCGCCAGACCCUGACCUGCACCGCCACCGGCAACCCCCCGGCCACCAUCACCUGGCAGUGGAGGCCGUGGAGCCCCUGCGGUCUCAACAGCACCCGCAGAACCCUGGGUCGAAGGGGCCAGCGAGAUAAGAUUCCCGUAUGUCAAGACUGGAUAGAUUUGGAUCCGGACCACACUGUCAAUCCUAUCGAGAGUAUCGAAACUUUGACUGAGAUGGUGGAUGGGAAAGAAAAGGCCGUAGGUCGUGUGGUGAUUCAAAAUGCCAACGUGUCCGCCAUGUACAAGUGCUCAGCUGAGAACAAAGUGGGAAAAGAUGAACGCUUGAUCUAUUUCUAUGUAACAACUAUCCCAGAAGGCUUUGGUAUCGAGAUGGAGCCGUCAGAGGAACCGCUGGAGAAGGAUAUGGUGCGACUGAAGUGUAAUGCAGACAACUACACGUAUGAGAACCUGCAGUGGUACCGUCUGGACCCGCAGGCUGUUCCACCAGAGCUGGACUGUAAGAGUCUGCACCAGUACGCUGAGUCUCUGGGGGGGAAGCUCUCCUUCCAGACCUCCAGCAACAACUGGGUCCUAGAGCUCGCCAUCGCCAACAUCCAGCUCCAGGAUGAGGGCAACUACGUGUGCGAGGUGCAGAACCGGCGCAGCGGGGAGAAACACUGUCACCGCAAGUACAUCCCGGUCAAAGCGCUGGAGGCACCUCGCUACCGUCACAACCCCACCAAUCAGACAGUGAACGUGAGCGAGUCGCUGCAGAUGGAGUGUGAUGUGGAGGGUACUCCGUCACCCCAGCUCUCCUGGUCCAAAGACAACCAGCCCCUCCAACAUAUAUCAGGGAUCCUCCUGCAGGACUCUAAUCGGACUCUGAGCAUUCAGCGAGUGAGAGAGGAGGACGCCGGUCUGUACACGUGCACCGCCUGCAACCAGAGGGGCUGUGUUCAAUCCUCCGCCACUGUGUCUGUCAUUGGUUCUGAUGACAGGACCAGCGUAGAGAUAGUCAUUCUCAUCGGCACGGGCGUCAUCGCCAUCUUCUUCUGGGUUCUUCUUCUCGUCAUCUUUUGCAAUGUUAAGCGGGUGAACCCAGCUGAUAUCAAGACAGGUUAUCUGUCAAUCAUCAUGGACCCAGGGGAGGUGCCACUGGAGGAUCAGUGUGAAUACCUGCCCUAUGACUCCAGCCAAUGGGAGAGACCCCGAGACAGACUGUGUCUCGGGAAGGUGCUCGGACACGGAGCGUUUGGAAAGGUGAUUGAGGCCUCUAUCAGUGCACAUGACAAGAAAACCUGCUCUAACACGGUGGCCGUCAAGAUGUUGAAAGAGGGAGCUACCGCCAGCGAACACAAAGCGCUCAUGUCAGAACUGAAAAUCCUCAUUCACAUCGGAAACCACCUCAAUGUCGUCAAUCUGCUCGGAGCAUGUACCAAACCAAAUGGUCCUCUGAUGGUCAUAGUGGAAUACUGUAAAUAUGGAAAUCUCUCCAACUUCCUGCGUGCCAAGAGGGAAUUCUUCUUACCGUACAGGGAUCGUUCUCCUAAAACUCAGAGUCAGAUGCGGCGAAUGAUAGAAGCGGGUCAGGUCGACCAGCGUGGACAUCAACCAUCCACCUCCUCCAACAUUACCCCCCCGAUGCAGUCUCGGGGUAAGAGCUCUCCAUCACUGGAGAAACUGGAUGAUCUGUGGAAGACUCCGCUCACUAUAGAGGAUCUGAUAUGCUACAGCUUUCAGGUUGCACGAGGGAUGGAGUUCCUGGUGUCUCGAAAGUGUAUCCAUCGAGACCUGGCGGCCCGAAACAUCCUCCUGUCUGAGAAUAACGUGGUGAAGAUCUGUGACUUUGGUUUGGCACGCGACAUCUACAAAGAUCCUGACUAUGUGCGCAAAGGAAAUGCCAGACUGCCUCUGAAGUGGAUGGCUCCAGAGAGCAUCUUUGACAAGGUUUACACCAGUCAGAGUGACGUGUGGUCAUUUGGAGUGUUGCUCUGGGAGAUUUUCUCUUUAGGUGCAUCUCCAUACCCGGGCCUUCAGAUUGAUGAAGACUUUUGCAAACGACUCAAAGAUGGUACCAGGAUGAGGUCACCAGAUAAUGCUUCCCCUGAGAUAUAUGGGAUCAUGUUGGCCUGCUGGCAAGGCGAACCCAGGGAAAGACCCACAUUUCCAGCUCUGGUGGAAAUACUCGGAGAUCUGCUGCAGGAAAACAGUCUGCCUGAAUUGCCCCUGAAUCUGUCUGAGAGCUCAGAGGAUGAUGGCUUCUCACAAGCUUCAUCAAGACCGCCAUCACAAGAGGAGAUCAGACUUGCCUGUAACACAUUGUCCACAGGAUAUUACAACUGUGUGCCGUUUGCUGGGUGUAUCAUGGUCGGACCCUCCAAUACGUGUCACUCUCGAGUGAAGACUUUUGAGGAACUUCCUCUGGAAAUAACAUCACACAAGACACAUCAUGACAGCCAGACAGACAGCGGGAUGGUUCUGGCAUCAGACGAAUUGGAGAGAUUUGAGCACAAGCACAGAGGCAUAUUGAAAAAUCCAUCAGCAGGCCGCAGUACAGAACGGCUCAUCAGUUCUCCGUCUGUGAGCAGCAGUGGCAGCAUCAGCACGUUACGUCCAGCGUUCUUCAGCCAACUCUCCGGCCAGACCUUCUACAACAAUGAAUACGGCCAGCUGUCAGAGGAGGGCGUCUGUGACUUUUUCUCCUCAGAUCAGGCUGUUUAUGACGGAGCCUUCCUGGCAACGUCCAACCUGUAACGCCACUGAUUGGCCGUUAUAUACAACUUGACCCCGCCCCCUUUACAAACUGAACUGAUGUCUGUUUUUCUAAAGUUCUCUCAAUAGCCACUGAGUGGCGCCAUUACAUCAUUUUCAUACCAAAAAGUAUUUUAUCAUCUUAAGUUACAUUUAUCUUUAUAUAUAAAGAGUAAACUGUUUUAUUUGUACAAAAAUAGAGGAAAAUUGUAGGAAAAUAAAACAAUAUAUCUUGUAACGAGACUCAUUUCUUAUUUUACAAGUGACAAAAAAACUUUUAAAAAACUGGGUUUUUGUUAAAUUAACAUU